UUAAAGCGUUAUGGUAGAAUUAGGGCGGGAGGUUUGGAAAUAGGUGGCUAUUUAAGAGACUUUUAGGCUUUGGAGUCAAUACGUGUUGAGAAAUCAUGAGAUUGAAGUCGCUGUGGGAUUGAUUUUGAAUGUUAUUUUAGGAAAUUUUGGAUAGGGUGAAAAAAAUUAAUUGUUCUCAUUCGGUUUUAUACAGAAUUGAGGUAAACAAUUACUUUACUAAGUAUGUACUUCCUGAUAAGCUUGGUAAGAUGUUUUUUAUCAAUAUUCCACUUUUUAAAGAAGAUAUGCUCAAUGGAUUGGUCGAGCUUUCAUCUACUGAUAACUACCAUCAUUGACUCUAUAAAUUAUUCCGAUAAUUUGAUCCACUUGAUCCUGCCAGAUCUAGACUUUUAAUUUUGAAAUGAACUUUAGGAUUAAUAAGCUGAAAUAUUUUAUGGAAUAUCAAAAAUUACUAAUCAUGAACAGUAUUCCAGCUGCUAUUAGCAAUCAAAGAAGUUAAGUGCUUCUACAUGAUUAAAUUUCUCAAUGAUAUCCGAAGCUAGGUUAUGAAGCAAAGAGAUAUGCGUGAAGGCUACUUCGAGCAUUAAGUAACACAAUGGAGUUAACUAAAGAGAGGAGAGGUAGGAUGCACUCAAGCAACUCCCGCUUAAGUCUGUACACUCCAAUGAUAAGCUCCAGGUAUUUUUGAAUAGGCCAGUUUGGACACUUCUCAAACCUCUCAGUCCUGACUUUAGUCCUAUAGAAAUAUCCUUAGUCACAAUUUUGGAGUUUGUUAAAGGCAGUUUCUGUAUUUUCUUACAAAAAUUAGAUCUGAAUAUGACGAUAGCUCUGAAGUAAUGAACCGAGCCUGUUCAAACUUUGUAGGGACCUUGUCGUAAACUCUCAGAAAUGUGCUAUUCAGGGCUUCAAGAUGGAUGUCAUUCUCUUGUCUUAAAAUACUAUCUU